GUACCGUACCUGUCACUGUGUGGGCGUGUAUUUUGAAUCUGGUGAUGUAUCCAUUCAUAAUUUUGUGUUACAACCAUACGGUUAUUAAUAGUACCGCGUCGACGCGAGUAUUCAGUUGGCACGUGUUUGUAACCUCCGUUGCAUGCUGCUGUACUGCUAGCUACUGUGUAUUUUGGACGAAGUGGAUCAGCUUCAUCGACCGUGGAUGCAGUUCAGCUCCGGCUCCCAAGAAAUGAGGACUUGUCUGCAAUCGACCAUGCUCUCAACAGUAACAGUUCUGCUGAUGACAGCUAUGCUUCUGCCUCCUUGCGUAACAGCAUUACCGCGUUCUGUGAGGCAGGCCCUGGAGGGAGACCAAUGGGGUCCAUGGAGCGAUGAAUGGAGCCCCUGUUCCCGCUCCUGUGGAGGGGGCGUCUCCUACCAAGAGAGGAAAUGCAUCACUGCGAGACCAGGUGCAAGGCCCAACUGCGUGGGACCAGACAUCAACUACAGUUCCUGCAACAUUCAAGAUUGUCCUGAAGGCGCUCAGGAUUUCCGCGAGGAGCAGUGUAGCAAAUACAACACCAACGAAUUCCUGGGAAGCCUCUACAGUUGGGUUCCAUACCUCGGAGCUGACAACAAGUGCGAGCUCAACUGCAUGCCGAAAGGCAAGAACUUCUACUAUCGGCUUGCGGAGAAAGUCAUUGAUGGAACGAGGUGCGAAGCAGAUAAGCUGGACGUGUGCGUGAAUGGUGAUUGUAUGAGAGUAGGAUGUGACAACAUGUUGGGUUCUGAUGCCCAGGAAGACGUGUGCCGAGAGUGCAAUGGAAAUGGUUCCUCCUGCAAGACAAUCACUGGGGUCUUCAACCGGAAGAAGUUGCCAUUCGGUUACAAUGAUAUCCUUGUGCUACCAGCUGGUGCUGUGAAUAUUCAUAUCAGUGAGGUCAAACCGUCCAAUAACUUCUUGGCUCUGCGCAAUGCCGAUGGACAGUACUACAUCAAUGGCAACUUCAGCAUUGACUUUCCCCAACCGUUUGAUGUGGCAGAUACGGUGAUUUACUAUGAGAGGAAAUUUGGCGCCCCUUUUUACGGUGCAGAGGUCCUGCACGCCCUGGGCCCAAUUACAGAGCCGUUGUUUGUUGUGCUUGUUACACAAGAGAGGAACCACGGAGUCGCGUAUAACUACUCUGUUCCGUCGGACAAUGAAGGAGCCAAACCCGACACCUACUCCUGGCUGUUUGGAGAUUUCACGCCUUGCACGCGGACGUGUGGAGGGGGUCAUCAGCUGAGAGAUGUAUGGUGUGCGCGAUCCCGUGACUUUGACAAAGUACCAGAGUACCUGUGUGAUCCCACCUUGAAACCGGCUGUGAAUCACUCCUGUAACAUGGUGCCCUGCCCACCAAGUUGGUUCGCCGGUGAGUGGAGCCCUUGCUCUACUUCAUGCGGGCUAGGUCAACAGGCCCGACUGGUCUACUGUGAGCAGGUCAUGCAUGGUGACCGGGCAGAGAUUAUCCACGAUUCCUUCUGUGAGAACGGCGUCCUGCUAGAAAAGCCCAGCUUCCAGCAGCACUGCACAGUGGCGCCGUGCCCUGAUUGGACAACAGGCAACUGGUCCCAGUGCUCAGUCACCUGCGGGCGCGGUAUCCAGACCAGACAAGUCUCCUGCAGCUCUGGGGAGGAGGCCCUUGCCGACACCAAAUGUACCAUCGAAACCCUACCAGACAGCCAGAAGGCGUGUCACAUGGGGCCAUGUGAGGAGGUGCAGUGGCUGGCGACCCAGUGGUCUGAUUGUUCUGACCAGUGUGGUGAAGGCAUUCAGACCAGGCAAGUACACUGCAUGGGACCCUCCGGUACCUUGUACAACGAGGAUAUCUGUGAUGCUGGUCUGCGGCCGGCUACCACCCAGCGCUGUUCAUCCAGGCAGGCUUGCCUACCGCUGUGGCAUGCCUCUCGUUGGACUGAGUGUUCUACAGAUUGCGGGCAGGGCCUACGCAUCAGGAACGUCUUCUGCGCUCAUUUUGUGAACGACCAAUGGGAGACCACCUCGGACGGCAUGUGCAAUGCCACUAUCAAACUGUCCACCUCGGAGGUUUGCGACAACGGACCUUGUGUGGGAGCUGUGUGGUUGACUGGACCCUGGCAUAAGUGUUCAGCCAAGUGUGGGGGAGGACAGAGGACACGGCAGAUCCUGUGUUUCAGGGACGGGACUUCAUUGGACGGUUCCCAGUGUGACAUGACGAGCCAGCCAAUCGAGCAAGAGUACUGCAACACCCAGCCCUGCGAUGGUGGAGAAGGGGAUUGUGAGAGCUCAACCCAUGGGUGUUGUCCAGAUGGAAUCACUGAGGCGACCGGACCAGACCAGAAUGGCUGUGUUACCAGUACGAGUGAAUCUCCUACUACUGUACCUUCCUCGACUGCCACCCCUACCUGUGCUGAUUCCACCUUUGGUUGCUGUGCAAAUGGCACAACCGCAGCCUCAGGACCAGAUGGACAGGGAUGCGAGGGAGAAACGUUGGAAACCUGUGAAAUGGACUUCGAUGCUGGUACUUGCUUUGCCUUUGUGCUCAAGUGGUACUUUGACAUCUCCUACCAGCGCUGCACUAAUUUCUGGUAUGGUGGCUGUGAAGGCAACGCCAAUCGCUUUGACACUUUACUAGAAUGCCAGUCAGUGUGUGCUAUCCAGCAGGAACCCAUGACGCAAGAAGAAUUGUGUUCCCUACCCGCGGAGGUUGGGCCGUGCAAGGCGGGCAUUCGUAACUACUACUACAACCCAGAAACGAGCCGGUGUGAGAGUUUCAAUUACGGGGGUUGUCACGGCAACAUGAAUAAGUUCCGCACUCAGGAAGAGUGCGACAUCAAGUGUGGCACCUUGAGCAAUGAUCCCUGCACUCUACCACAAGACCCCGGCAACUGUUUUGAAAUCCAUGUUCGUUGGUUUUAUAACAUCCGCACCCAGCAGUGUGAGCAGUUCAACUACACCGGUUGCCUUGGGAACCCCAACCGAUUUGAGGAUCUUGCCAUCUGCGAGGAACGGUGUGCUGUGAUUGACAGGGUGCCAGACGAGAGAGAGACCGUGGGAGUCAUUGUCGAUGUGUGUGGCUUGCCCAAGGACCACGGACCCUGUAGGGAGUCCAUCCCACAGUGGCACUAUGACACUGAACGAAACACUUGCCAGCAAUUCCUAUAUGGAGGAUGCCUGGGCAAUGACAACAGGUUUGACUCAGAGGCUACCUGCACACAGGCCUGUGUAUCAUACGGUGCUGAAAAGUGUUCCUUGCCUGUCACGACUGGCCCAUGCUUUGGUUACUUUCCUACAUGGGGUUACAACUCUACAGUGGGCAUCUGUCAGCCAUUUGUCUAUGGUGGUUGCCAAGGCAACGACAACCGCUUUGAAACACAAGAGGCUUGUGACCAGGAGUGCGGACCACAAGCCAUUACCAAGUGUCUACGAAGCCGAAACUAUGCAACCUAUGUGGCCCAGGGUAGGCUGGGGGCCUUCAUCCCACAAUGCACCUUGGACGGCCAUUUUGAAGCCAUGCAGUGCCACAGUAGCUCGGGCUAUUGCUGGUGCGUGGACAUGGACGGUCAUGAGAUCAAUGGUAGCCGGCGAGCACCAGGCAUUCAUGUCCAACGUCCCGAUUGCGAAGCGCUGCGCCCCCGCAUGUUGACCACCUGCCAGCGACACCUCAAGCAGGUCCAGGGGAAGAACGGCCAAUCGCCGCCGGGCCGGUACGUCCCACAGUGCACCGAGACAGGCGAGUAUGAGACCGUCCAGUGCUAUGGCAGCACAGGAUAUUGCUGGUGCGUCAACGAAAACGGGGAAGAGAUCGAUGGAACACGAAGAGGACCAGGCACGGGCGCGCCGAAUUGCGACGGAGGUCCCCAGGGCCCGUGCCCAUCUCUAGCCAACCAGAUAGAAGCGGGAUCAGCUACCAGCGACUACCAGCCUAUCUGCACCCCCGACGGGCUGUUUGUGCGCGUUCAGUGCGACGGCGUACCCCAGUGCCUGUGCGUCAAUGAGACUACCGGGGAAGUGUUGAAGGUCCUCAGUGAGAUGCCACAGGACGGGGACUUUGACGCUUGCAAUGAUGCCCACGAGGAACCAACACGCUGCCAGCUGCACAGGAACAGCGUACUUGCCAGGGAGGAGCCCGAGGGCCAUAUCCGUUACGUCCCACAAUGCACCGAGGCAGGCGACUACAGACAGAUCCAGUGCUACGGUGACACGGGCCACUGCUGGUGUGCAAAUGACAUGGGAGAGGAAAUAGACGGCACGCGCAAGCGACCUGGGGAGGGAGUGCCCGACUGCACAGUCAAAGAUUGCCGUGUCAUACGGGAGGAGGCUCUUUCGUCGGGACUGAUCGGCGGUUACAUCCCACAAUGCACCGAGGAGGGCCUGUAUGAGCCAACCCAGUGCCAAGGCGGGACGGGCUAUUGCUGGUGUGUGGAUGAGAAUGGAGAGGAACUGACGGGAACCAGGCGGGGACCAGGAGAGGAACGGGUCGACUGUGAAGAUGUGUGCAGUCUGCCAAAGGUGACCGGUCCCUGCCGGGGCUACUACCCUGUGUUUGGCUACGAUGCGGUGACGGGAACCUGUGACAAAUUCAUCUAUGGUGGUUGCCAAGGCAACGCCAACCGCUUCCAGACUCGUCUAGCCUGUUUAAUGACUUGCACAGAUUUCCAACCAGAACCAACCACAGUGCCACCUCAAGGCACCACCCAGUCAGUCACCCCCACAGAGUCACCUGAGGAGCCUGCAACGGUUUCAUCCACCACAAGUGCAUCGUCUGCGACAACAUCCUCCCCGUCCACCACACCCGAGCCUUCUUCAGCUUUGCCGUCCACCACCGGGUGGUCCAGUUCAACCGUGAGUCCUGGCUCAACUGCGGCAUCCACAACACCUGCAGCAUCCACUACGCCAGACUCGACCACGCCCAGGGAGCCCUCCACAACGCCCCAGACCACCACUCUCAUUGCGUCCAUGUGCGAGAUUCAGAGGAAGGAGGCGCUUGCCAACACGCUGCCAGGCGUCUUCAUUCCUCAGUGUGAGGAGGAUGGGUCCUUCAGACCCAAGCAGUGCUAUGAGCUGGUCGGUGUGUGCUGGUGCGUGCACCCAGACGGCAUUGAACAAGGAGGGACUAGAGUCCGCAUGAAUGAGCCCUUGGACUGCCAAGAUGUGUGCAGCAUGCCAGAGUUUAGAGGCCAGUGCCCAGACAACAUCCAGAAGUGGUUCUUCAAUGUCGAGGCCGGGGUGUGUGAGACGUUCACCUACAGUGGUUGCCAAGGCAACAUGAACCAGUUUAAUGAUCAGGAGACUUGCGAGCAGACGUGUAUCACCCCAGAACCGACAACUUGUACAGAGAAGCGUAAGAUGGUCCUAGCCCGUGGCUUGCUGGGAGAAUUCAUUCCAAAGUGCACAGAGGACGGGCAGUAUGCAUCGCAGCAGUGCCACGGCAGUAUCGGCCACUGCUGGUGUGUGGACGAAGAAGGAAUGGAAUUGGGAGCCACGCGUCGAGGGCCAGGGGAGGAACUACUGGAUUGUGAUGAUGUAUGUCGACUGCCGAAGUACAGCGGACCCUGCAGGGGGUCCAGCACCAUGUGGUACUAUGAUGUCAUGGAUGAGAGGUGUCAAACCUUCAGGUAUGGUGGUUGCCAAGGCAACGGCAAUCGCUUUGAGACGGAGGCUGAGUGUCAUCGGGCGUGCUAUAUCCCAGAGUUCACUGGCCGACCGCCAACGGUUUGUGAGAUUCAGAGAGAGGAGGCCUUAUCUAGCGACCGCUUGGACCUGUUUGUCCCACAAUGCACCAGCGAGGGUGCCUUUGAGUCCCGUCAGUGCUACGAUCUGAUUGGUCAGUGCUGGUGCGUGAACGAAGACGGCGUGGCCCAGGGGGGCACCAAGACCAGACGCGGGCAAGUGCCGCUGGACUGCAAUGACAAGUGCUCCUUCCCUAAGUUUGUUGGGCCUUGCCGUGCCGAUAUCCCCAAGUGGUACUACAACAUGGGGACCAUGUCUUGUGAGGAGUUUGCCUACGGUGGCUGCGGAGGCAACAUGAACCAGUUUGACAGCCAGGAAGAAUGCCAACAAGCCUGUCUACCACAAGGUCCUGAGAUGCUUUCCUGUCAGAUGCAGAGGGAGGAAGCCUUGGCCAACCCCACCCCCGGCAGGUUUGUACCCGAGUGCACCGAGGAUGGCUGGUUCACAUCCAAGCAGUGUCACGGCAGCACGGGCCAGUGUUGGUGCGUCACCGAGACUGGAAUGGAGCAAGGGGAGACCAUGCGGGAACCAGGGAUGCCUCUGGUGGAUUGUGACGAUAUGUGUAGUUUCCCUAAGGCCACCGGGCCUUGCCUGGCCUACUUUGCCAUGUGGUACUAUGACACUGAGGAACGGGCGUGCCAGCAAUUCAUCUAUGGUGGUUGCCAAGGCAACGGCAACCGAUUUGAAAGCCGAGAGGAAUGUGAGCGAUCCUGCACGGUGCAAGUAACCACAACCUCCGAGCCCGUCUCGCUCUGCCUGGUGACCAGACAGCAUGCCCAGGCCCAAACCAUCGUCGGCAACUUUGUACCGCAGUGCACAGCUGAAGGUCUGUUUUCCAGGCUGCAGUGCCACGCAAGCACUGGUUACUGCUGGUGUGUGGAUGAGAUGACUGGGGAAGAGAUUGUCAGCAGUAUUCCCAAGGUGCCAAGGGCCCGACCGGACUGUGAUGCCUACUACGAGAACAGCACAACCACGGCUAAUGAGCCUAUGAGUAAUGGCACUGAGCCUACCGAUGGCGUGACUCUGAGCCCUAGCCAUCCAUUAGGUGAUGAGGGCUGUGCUACGUCAACGUUUGGCUGCUGCCCGGAUGGCGUCACCCAAGCCAGCAGGGAAGAUCGCUUCGGUUGUCCAGGUGUCACCCCAGCCAUGGUGGAAGUGGCCCCCUCGGAUUCCACAGUAAUCUUGGGCGGUACCCUGACUAUUUCCUGCCGCGCCCAGGGUAACCCCACCCCGUCCAUCACGUGGCAUCGCAACGAUGUAGACAUCAUGUCUGCUAGGGACAGCAGGAUUAGCGUGAGUGAGGACGGCACGUUGGUCAUCGAGGACGUAAUGGAGGCAGACGCUGGGCCGUAUGUCUGCAGGGCGUCCAAUGGAGUGGGACAGGCUGCCAAGGUUGCCGUGGAUGUAGAUGUCUUCACACCAGUGCAAAUUCCCGAGACCAGCCAGCAUUCCGUGCGGGCCAAGGAAGGGGAUGUAGUAGAGCUACAAUGCCAGGCAACAGGCAACCCCAAACCCGUGGUGACCUGGAUGCAAGGCGUGGCCUUCCUGCCCGGCAACGACCCCCGCAUGACCCAGCUGGAUGACGACACGCUACACAUAGAAAACGUAGAGCUGGGCGAUGCGGGUAACUACGUCUGCACUGGACGCAACAUGUUUGGCACUGUGCAGAAGAAGACGGUGACUCUAACAGUAGAAGCGGAGGUGCAGAUUGUGAACGUGCCCCAGGAUGUUACAGCUGACGUAGGAGCUACUGUCAGGCUGUCUUGUGGCAGCACAGGCUCACCCAAGCCCACUACCCGCUGGACGGUCAACAACGUAGGGCUCCCUCCCAUGGACCGCUUUGAGUUCAUGUCCACCGGGGAUCUCAUUAUCAAUGGUCUGAGGAGUACCGAUGCUGGUACGUAUACAUGCACUGCAGCUAAUGGGAUCUCAAGUCACAGUGCUAGGGCUACAGUCACUGUCCUGGGCGCGGCCGUUGAUCCCAACUGUAAAGAUAACAACGCGUACGCCAACUGCCGUGUGGUCCUUCGCGCCAACUUUUGCCACAAGAAGCCUUACGACACGUACUGCUGUGCAACGUGCCAAGACAGUCAGAUGCGUGGACGUCGCCGACGACGAUAAAACCUUGUCAUCACGAGUUAGAAUUAUUUACUAUCGCAUUCGCUUCUGAGACGAAAAACAGACACGUUCAUGUUUCUGAAAUGUUUUAACUUGCACAGACUUUUUAAAAAACAUUUUUUUUUUUACAAAAAGUGUUUUUUUAUCUUCAUAUUACAUUUGACACAAACCUUUUGUAGGAUUUUUAUAUGGAUAUAUAUUUUUUACAGUAAAGCAAGCUGAAGUGAUAUUUUGGCUGCAUUGGUUCUGUGCUGUUGUGUGGGAUUUAGCGGUGCAUGCAUAUGUUCAGGCAUGUGAAGAAAAAUGGCAUAGAAAACGAAUACACUUUUGCAUUUCUAAGAAAUGUACCUCAGAUUCAAAUGGUGCUGUUUAAGGUUCUUUUUAAUAACAAUUCAGAUUGCAAUUUAUGUGUUUUUUUCACUAAAAGUAACUUUUUAAUUAAAAGUAAAUUUUUAAACUUCCCCCAAGAAGACAGACUUAAGGUUGUUAAGAAAUAUUAAAUUUGUAACAAAAAAAUCAAAUCAAAAUGCUCUUUGACUGAGGUUUUGUGUCCAGGAAAGAAGUUGACUUGAGUUUUGUCCUUGAUUUGAAUGAUUUGCCAAUUAUGCAACAAUUAUGAAUGAAUUCCCUGGCACUGUGCAAUGACAUUGUACUUUACCUACACAGCUGUACUGACCCCAGUUCUUUCUCCCAACGGGGUAAUAAACUUAUUUGCAAUUUUUUUGUCUGCUUUUUUUUUUACUUCCAAAAGAAAUACUGCUAUCUUUCUAAUUUUAAUGUCUUUCGCAUAUUUUUGGGCAACAACAUUUUCAUUCAGGUGUCUUUUUUUAAUUUACAUUUACUGUUUUGUUUUUUGACAUUUUGAAGCUAGUUUUAAUUCGGUCCUUUUCCAGAUAUAUUUGUCUUUCACAAAAAAGCAGGAUAUUCGUUUGUCACCAAAUGUUGGAUGUCCAUGGAGGCACAAAUUAUUUUGUAUUUUCUCUUUUCUGCUGUAAUAAUAUCGGACUAGGUUUUGAGGUACAGAGAGAAAUCUUUCUUUGUUGUCUCCAUAUUGUCUUCCGCAUGCAGCGUGUGUAGUUUCUGCUUUUUAAGUUAUUUUUAGCUAUUCAAAGACACUGCCACGGCGCACUGAUACAAAUGUGAACUUGAUAAUGGACGUCAUUGAUUUGAAUGAACUGCACAUACACUGAUGUGUUAUACUUGCACACUUCAAGGCUGGCACGUUGUGGCAAAAGUGAGCAUCCCUAAUACAAGUGUACAUUUGGAAUCUGCUAACUUCCAGCUCUUUUCCGACCAAGCUUCGGAAACAAGUGCCCUGAAAUUUCAACCCAGCAUCCACAGAGACCAUAAAAAGUUUGUCAAUAUGUAUUAAUGUCCUCACGAAGUUUUUAUCCAAUUUAUAAUUUGGGAGGAUUGUAGUAAUGCCUAUUUGUAAUAGAUCAAUGCAUUUUGAUGUGACGUUUUGUCUUAAAAUAGUUAAAGUGUUGAAAUUAAUCAGAUGCUGCCGAAGAAAUAUUUAUGAACGCGUCUAAUUUUAGCAGUCGCUGAAUGUUUUUUGUUAUGAAUAGGAACUACAUGUAUUUUUAAACGUUUUAUACGCCUGCAGAUAAACAUCUGUUCAUUUUAUUUCCAAGAACAGGCGCAUGUAUACUUUGUAUAAUAAUUUCGUACGUGUAGAUCGUGUACAGCAGUGAAGUACAGCUUUAUCCGUAGUUUUUGUUUUACAUUUUAGAAAUAUUGAAUUUACAUUUUAGCACGUUUCAGAGAUUAGUUUGUAGCAACACGUGUACUUCUAAUUGAAACCUAAAUUAUUAUGAUUAUUUUUUACAGUAAAUGUAUUCUGUUACAAAAGGGUGCCAGUUAUAUUAUUUACUGCCGAUGAUUGCAAUGGUGCUAGUUUGCUUUUCGUAAACUUAAGUAGAUUUGUGAAACUGUGUCGUAUUUUUAAAUACGAAGAGUUGAAUUUAGCUUUUUUUUUCAAAGAAAAAAUGAGUAUAGAACGGUGUCUCAUGAAAUACGACCAAUUUUUACAUCUUCCUUAUGAAGAGAAAUAAAUAGCAUCAGGGAAAUGUCGUCUUAUAUUUUUCUCCAAUAAAAUUAAGUCAGAGAUACUUCAA